AGGCUAAAACCCUACACCACUCUUCUUGUAUUUCACUUUAUUAUUCCCAACAAUUUCAACUCCUCACUAAAGCUUUAACAAUGGAGCUUGGAACUUGUUUCAAUGCCUCAAAUAUCAAUCAAAAGUUAUUUUUAUCAGCACCCAUCACCCAAAAAUCCAAUCUUUUUCCAAGUUGUAAUACCAAUUUUUCUUUGCCACCAAGAAAAAUCUGUUCUUGCAAAGCCAUCAGCUCAUUCAAAACUCAAGAAAAGGUCACAGGGAUGUCUUCAGUUCAUUCUCAAGAGCUAGAACUCUCAAGUUUAACAGCUCUAUGUCCAUUGGAUGGUCGUUAUUGGGGUAAAGUCAAAGAACUGGCUCCGUUUAUGAGCGAGUAUGGCUUAAUUCGUUUCCGCAUUUUGGUUGAGAUAAAAUGGUUGAUAAAAAUGUCUCAAAUACCUCAAAUCGUUGAAGUUCCAAGCUUCUCUGAAGGAGCUCUGGCAUUUUUGCAAGAUUUAAUUGAUGGAUUUAGUAUGAAUGAUGCCUUGGAAGUUAAGAAGAUUGAGAGAGUCACGAACCAUGAUGUAAAAGCAGUGGAAUACUUCUUGAAACAAAGAUGCCAAUCACAUCCAGAGAUAUCUAGGGUGCUCGAGUUUUUUCACUUUGCCUGUACAUCUGAGGACAUCAACAAUCUUGCCCAUGCAUUGAUGUUGAAAGGAGCUUUGAACACAGUCAUCUUGCCAGUCAUGGAUGAAUUAAUUAAAGCAAUAUGUGACAUGGCCACAACACAUUCUUCUGUUCCUAUGCUUUCUCGCACCCAUGGGCAGCCAGCUUCACCAACAACCCUUGGAAAGGAAAUGGCAAUUUUUGCUUAUCGAUUAAAUAGGGAAAGACAGGAGAUUUCUCAAAUAGAGAUGCUUGGGAAAUUUGCUGGUGCUGUAGGAAACUACAAUGCACAUCUAGCGGCAUACCCCGAAAUAAACUGGCCAGAAAUUGCAGAGGAGUUUGUCAUGUCACUUGGAUUAAAAUUCAAUCCAUAUGUUCCUCAGAUUGAAACUCAUGACUAUAUGGCCAAACUUUUUUACUUGAUUGUCCAGUUUAACAACGUUUUGGUUGAUUUUGAUAGAGAUGUUUGGGGAUACAUUUCUCUUGGUUACUUUAAGCAGACGACUAAAGCUGGUGAAAUUGGGUCCUCGACGAUGCCUCACAAAGUAAAUCCAAUCGACUUUGAAAAUAGUGAAGGCAAUCUUGGAGUAGCUAAUGGAGAUUUAUCACAUUUGAGUACUAAACUACCUAUUUCACGCUGGCAGCGGGAUUUGACAGAUUCAACUGUUCUGAGAAACAUGGGAGUAGGACUGGGACAUUCCCUUCUUGCUUACAGAAGUGCAUUACAGGGAAUUCAUAAGCUUCAGGUCAAUGAAGGUGCUCUGGCUGAAGAUUUAGAUAAAACAUGGGAGGUUCUCGCUGAACCAAUACAGACGGUGAUGCGAAGGUACGGUGUGCCAGAGCCUUAUGAGAAGCUGAAGGAGUUAACCCGAGGAAGAGCGGUGAACAAAGAAAACAUUAGAGAAUUCAUACAAAAGUUGGACAUACCAGGUGAUGCAAAGACAUCUCUCUUGAACAUGACACCUCAUAGUUACAUUGGAGCAGCUGCAGAAUUGGCUAAGAACGUAAACGAGGCCAUAAAUCUUGUGAAUGGAGUUCAGAUCUCUUGAAACGGGAGCCAAAAACCUUUUGCAGCCGUCUUGCAUCAGUGGCGGGAAUGGAGCAUACAGUCAACUGGUUCAACUGAAUCCAACAUUUUUGGCGAGAGUAUAAGUUAUGUGGAAAAUCACCAUGAUAUCAAAAAACAUUGAAUUUUGAAUCCCUAAUUUCAAGAGUGUAAAGGGUUCAGUUGUAAGAACCUAAAUGUUGAGUUCAUCGAAUUUAAAUUUUGUAUUCGCUUCUGUCUCCAUUUUUUGCAUGGAAGAUCCAGUUGAAACGUGUUGAUGAGCAGAUGCAGAGUCGUGUGGGAUGUUCGAUCCAUGAGAAGGUUACCAUUCACUUACCAACGUGCUAAACUUAUUGGAACUAUAACAAAAACUUGUUCUACUUGUAACUUAUUCAGUGAUCUGAUCUAUUUGAAAAUUUUCUAGAUUUAGUAUA